UUCGUCAAGAUGUCCACCAUCCCAAAGCACUUCGGACUGACAUCCCGAGACGAAUCGUACAUGUUCAAAGAGCUUGAGAAGAUUCGCCAGGAGUACAAAAAGGAAUAUUUCGAAUUCAAGCAGUUGUCUGCCAGGCAGGCUUUGGGUGCAAGCAGUGAGGAUGACCUCGAAGAUGAGGACGAGGAGGCUCGCCCGCUCAGCGCCCAGGCGAAGGGACAAGUGUCCUGGGCUGUCAAGUUGGCAUCAUCGUCUAGGGCGCAGAGCCCAGAGCGCCCCGCCGCCGCCGCCCUGCAGGGGGCGCCGCCGAGUGCACGGCGCCGCCCCGUGAAGCCCCAGCCUUUCCGCCCGCGGGAAUUCUACCUGCGGAGCUCGGCGUUCCUGCGCCACCGUCCCCAGAAAGAGGCCCCGCCCAUCUGCCCGCAGGUGGGCGCCGCCCGCCCCGCGAUCCUGAUGCGGCCACGCUCGCGUCAACGGAAGCUGCAUGUCAAGCCCCGGAGGGAGCCGGUGUCCCGGCCCAAGAUAGUCCUGAGCCCCGAGCACGAAGCCCCGGGGCUCGAAGUGGCCCGCCCGCGGUACCGACUGGCCAGCUCCUUGUCUAGCCCGGGCAGCGAGGUCGACGACAGCGGACGGCUGCGCAGGCUGAGGAUCCACACCCAUUUCAUGCGCGAGGGCAUGGGCGCGUCUCGGUGGUUAAGGCCCCGGUCCAAAAGCGGGCGUGAAGGGGGUUCGACGAUCCAGGCCAACUGGUCCAUGCCCGUGACUCGCUAUAUCCCCACCAGCAUAGAGGAGAUCAUCGCCUCUCUGCAGUCCGAGGCCCAGCUGGCCGCAGACCAGACCAUCAAGGAGCUCAUCCAGAGCAUCCUGGGCCAGAACUACGACCUCACUCUGGAAGUAGGUGAACUAGACUUAGUGCUUCUGGGUGUGCGAGCUCUCGGUUAUACAAACAUGGGUAUUUCUUUGAUAGAACAAAGGUACCUCAGAUCAACUCAGUCACAUACAUUCAAGGCAGAAGAAGAGAAAGAGAUCCAGAUACCUGUUCCGACACGGCCAGUCACGCACAGUAUUUCUGAGGAGCCUUCUGAGGCUGUGUCAAGCAUCUUCCAGAUUGAACAGGAGGAUGUUUUCGAAUGGGGAACCAUAGGAGAAGAGAACUUAAGGUUUAAGUCUCAGGAAAUGUUAGAAACUGUGCCACUAGAGGACUCCAGUGAGCCUUUGGAAGGUGAUGUUUCCACAACUGCCAAGGAAAAAAGCAAGCAAAAAUCUUUAAAAGUGAAAUCUACAGAAUUCUUGCAAAUCAGAGGAACAGAAGCUAAACGAAUACAAAAAAGUAGACCAAUUGUUAAGCCAUUGAAAUCAAGAAAGUUUGUAAGAAGAUAUCGUGAGGAUAAAAAACGAAUGAAAAAAAUCCCACAGGGCUAUCCCUUGCCUCAUCUUCAUCACCUGUGCACCAGAGUCCCAACUUUGGAGUUGCCCAUGAAUCUGCGCCUGGCUUCUCGAGUGUGUCACACUUCCGACAGGACAGGUCACAAACCUAUGCUUGGACUAUUGGGGUCAUCUUUCUUAAGUGACUGCUCUAUAGAUGAACAGAGAGAUAGAAUACUGAAUGGCGUUCCUGUUAAGAGUGAGACACAGAAAUAUGUCAGUGUUCCUUCACCACCACCAGAGGAAUUCCCGGAAUCAAUGCAGACAAGGCAAUGUCAAGCUCACACUCCAAACCUGCAGCUCUUAGGAGAAGAAGUGCCUGCAUAUCCUGGAGCUUCAAAGAUGUUUUGGAAUCUUACUGCACCAAAAUUCUCCAUUCCAGAAUCAACCAUGAGAGAAACUUUAUAUCCACAAUAUGAGAGUAUUCAGACAAGUAGAAUUUUAACUGAGAAACUUUCUGAAAGCAAGGAAAGUGUGAUUAUUUUAAAUACCUACACCAGAAGAAGUUUUCAGAAUUUUCUAAUAAAAAAGUCUGCAUCAUGUGGGAAUAUCCAAGAAUAUCCCAGUGCACCACAUACAUGGUUAAAGAGAUCAAAGUCUGUUGUUGAAUUGAGGAAAGAAGAGAGCCCACCAUUUGUACUAAAGGAUGACAUAGACACCAACCUGAAACAGCUGAGGUACCAGAAGAAGAAGGAGCUGGAGCACCAGCUUGCCAGACAAAGGGCCACACUUGAACCCACCUUCAAGAGCAGCUUGGAAACUCUGAAAGAGUCUGACAGUUUGAAAUACUUGUCCUUUUCUCUUGUUGAAGCAUCAAGAAAAGCUGGAUUUUCCUACAUUGUAUACCCUAGGAAAAAGAAGGGACUAUGGAAAAAGAAAGGAUUGAAAUUCCAGAAGCUUGCACUUGUAUAUGAAUAUCUGUCCAGGCCUCCAAAGAAAUUAGAAAGAUCAGCAUCUCAUGGAAUACUUCCUGGACAGAAAAAAGGUUUACUUAAAGUUCCAAUAUUCGAGCAACAAAUAAGGUGUCCCAGUGUACCUAUGGUUUUAAAUUUUGAUCAAUUUGCGAAAAAUAAAGGAGGAAUACCAGAAAAUACUGAUCCUCGGAAAUGGGUUCUGGAGAUAUUUGCUAAAGACAAACCCCAGAAAACACCUGCACCAGUUGUACAAAAAGUUGUUCAAAAAGAAGUCCGAGAGCCAGUGGCAGAACUCCCCAAACUGGAAUUAAGUGAUCAUCCAAAGUGUAAUCUUCCACCAGAGGUCAUUCAAUAUUAUGAAUCCGAAGUGGAGAAGUUGACUCAAGAAAUAAAAAAUGAGAAAAGAAUUCCUGUGUUUGCAUAUUGUAGGCGUGGAGCUAUUUAUAGAAAAUUGGGAAAGCUGCAAAGUGCUAUGAAUGACCUACAGAAAGCCAUACAUGCAGAGCCAUUGUUUCUAAAUGCCUAUUGGCACAGACAUUUCCUUUAUCUUUUCCAAGACAAAACUACUGAUGCUUUGGAUGACUUGAAUUUUAUACAUAAAUAUAAUAAAAACAAUGCAGAGGCAUACAUGUCAAAGGCAGAGAUUUUCAGAGAGAAGAAUGACCUCACGCUGGCAAUUCUGAAUUACAGUCAAGCAAUUAAGUGCAGGCCCAAAGAUGCUGACCUCUAUUUCAAGAGGGGAGAGAUGUAUGAGUUGACAAACAAACUGCUAGCCAUUGAUGACUUUUCCAAAUGUAUUUACUAUGAUCGCACGAGAACAGAUGCAUUAAUGAAACGUGGGACGUACUACUUUGAUAAUGAAAACUGGAUUGGAGCCAUACAUGAUUUUACAUCUCUGUUAAAACUUGUGCCACAAAAUUGUCAAGCAAGGACAAGCCGAGGGAGAGCAUAUUUUAAAAAGAACUUAUAUAGACAAGCAAUCCAAGACCUUUCCGUUGCCAUCCACUUAGAUCCUAACAAUUGGUUGGCACUGUACUACCGAGCCUGCUUAUUCAGGAAGUGUAGUCCCCUCAGAGCACUGCAAGACUACAGUGUGUCAGUUCUCAUAAAUGAUGGCUAUGAUAAUCUUAAUUGCUUUCUACAUCGGGGCAUACUCUAUACACAACUAAAACUUUGGAUGCUGGCAAUUUGUGACUUUGAAACUGUUAUUUCUCUCGAAAGAACUGCUACUUUGGCUUAUAUAAAUAUUGGCCUCAUAUAUCUACUACACCUGGAUAAUUACACUGAAGCCUUUACGCGAUUUUCUGAGGCAAUCAGAAUUGACCCUUUAUAUAUUCAAAGCUAUAUUUGUAGAGCAGAAACCUAUUAUAAGCAGCACAAAUUCAAAAGGGCAGUAUGUGAAUUAUCUCGUGCUAUUCACCUCCACCCAGAUGAAAUCCAGUUAUAUAUAAUGAGGGGACAGUACCUUCUUAUGAUGAAGUGUUAUGAUCUUGCAAAGCUCACUAUUCAUCAAAUGGCAGAAAUGAACAAAGGUCUCAUUGAGCUGACACCAAUACAGAAAGCGCUCAUUUACUUAUUUUGUGAAAACCAUGACAAGGCUAUUCAAAUCUUGGAAGUGGUCACAGCUAGUAAACCAGAGAUCUCUACUUUUGCACUCUUAGCAAAAGCCCAAAUGAAGGCCAAGAAAAUCAAGGAAGCUGUGAGAACAUUUAAGAAGACUUUGGAAAUGCUUACGAGUUCUAGAAAAGGACAGGAUGCCAUUAAUAUUUCAUCAGAGUGUCUGUAUAACCUGGGUCUUUGUUACAUGGAGGAAGGCAGCUUACUAAUGGCUCAUGACUCCUUUACAAAAGCUGUGAAUGCAAAUCCUGAUUUUGCAGAAGCCUUUUAUCAGCGGGGACUUUGUAAAGUAAAACUCAACAAAGAUAGCUCAAUUCUGGAUUUUAAUCAGGCAAUUACACUCAAUCCCGGACAUUACCAGGCAUAUUUAAGCCGAGUUGCCUAUUAUGGUUUAAAGGGCAGAUACUCCAAAGCAAUUCUGAAUUGUAAUGAGGCCAUCAGACUUUAUCCUGAGAGUGUGCGUGCCUACAUCUGCAGGGGAGUUCUGAAAUACUACAACAGGACUUACAAGCUAGCUAUUACAGAUUUAACUACAGCUGUCAACAUGGACAAGAACAGUUACAUAGCAUUUUAUAACAGAGCAUUGUGUUACACCAAGAUAAAGGACCUUGAUAUGGCUUUAAGAGAUUAUGGGAUUGUGCUGCUUCUGAAUGCGGGAGAAAGAAUAACAUUAAAUACCUUCAUUAACCGUGGACUCAUCUACACUGAACUAAAGCUGUAUGGUUUUGCACUAGAGGAUUUUAAACAAGCUGCACUGUUAAGCCAGACUAGUGUGAACCUUUGUCAAGCUACCGCCAUGUGCCACCACAGGAUUAAGGAGUUUGAAGGAGCUGUUGAUUUCUUUACCAGAGCUGUUAAUAUUAACUCAUGUUUUCUGGAUGCUUAUAUUGGGCGGGGGAAUUCUUACAUGGAGUAUGAACAGGAUAAAGCCCUGAAACUAGCACAGAAGGACUUCCUGAAAGCUCUGCAUAUUGACCCAUCAUCUUUAAAAGCCAGAAUUAGUCUAGGCUAUAAUUUGCAGAUCCAAGGAAAAUUCCAGAAAGCUUGGAAUCACUUUACUAUUGCCACAGAGAUUUAUCCAAAGAGCUGUUUAGCCUAUGAAGGACGAGCUGUGGUUUGUCUCCAAAUGAGUGAUUAUUUUGCUGCAAUGCAGGAUAUUAACACUGCCAUAAAGAUCGAUACUACAGCAGAAUUCUUAACAAAUCGUGGUGUGAUUCACGAGUUUAUGGGUCGAAAACAGAAUGCAAUGACAGACUAUGACGCAGCAAUUUCUCUGGACCCCGAGUACUCGCUGGCUUACUUUAAUGCUGGAAAUAUCUACUUUCACCACCGGCAGUUUUCUCAGGCCAACGACUACUUUUCAAAGGCUUUGGAGUUUAAUUCAGAAAAUGAGUAUGCUCUCAUGAAUCGAGCUGUUACAAAUAUAAUAUUAAAGAAAUAUGAAGAAGCGGAAAAAGAUUUUUCAUGUGCAAUUGAACACUGUCCCCAUUGGGCUACAUUGUAUUUUAACAGAGCAAGUCUCUAUUUCUGCUUAAAGAAGUAUGAGCUAGCUGAAAAAGAUCUUGGCGUAGCCCUGUCUUUGAAUCCCAGUGAAAGUGCAUUAUAUAAUCUCAGAGCACAAGUUCGUGGCAAAAUAGGACUGAUAGCCGAAGCUAUGAGUGACUAUAACCAAGCCCUUGACCUUGAAGAAUGUCCCUCAGCCAUGUGA